AUGAGUUCCAUCGAGGGUGUUGAGCUAAAGAUCAAGCAAGUGGAAGCAGAGAUUACGGAAGUGAAGGACGAGAUUAAGGUUGUCAAGGCACAAGCCGAUGGUGCAGCACUGCGUCUGGCUCUGGAGCAGCGUCUGGCCUCCCUGCAGCAGAGUUGGAACCUUCUGCUUGAGGAGAAGGCUCGGCUGCAGCCAGCAGCCUUUCAACCUCCUCCGAAAAGAGCCUGCAGAAGGAUGAAGGUCUUCAGUCUUCAAGAUGGGAUCGAUAGGGAGGGGUUCUUUAGAGGGUCGGAAGAGGCCCCGCAGGUCAUUGAGAUGAUCAAGAAGGGGCAGUAUCCCCUCAUUGCGGAUGUCAGGAAAGCAGGGAAGACGACGCUGAAACAGGAGAUUGUGGACCUGCUCGAUGGAAAAAUAGUAGACACGAUCAGGGGCAAAAGCGAAGUCAGGGUAGCUGCAGUCACGCUGGGGUGGGGUUUGGAGAUGCAUGGACAGGAGUCUGAAACAGCAUUCUGGAAGUAUGUGAUCGACGAUGUCGUUCACAAAUCUCAGGGGCUGCUGGUGCGACAUCCAGACACGACAGAUUCCUCUGCGGGUUUUGCGAGCCUCUUCCAGUGGAUCAGGGCGACUGGUCCUUUGAUCGCGCUGUGCGUUGAUGAAGCCUCCGAGCUGGCGAAGGCCUCCGUCAUGAACCGUGCGAGCCUCAUGCACUGCUUCCGGGACCUGCGCGAGGCAGCCACGCGCAGGCAGCACCGGCUACUUUCCGUCGCUUUCUUCGGCACCUUCACGGUGCUGCGGAUUGUCGACGAGCUCAACGAGGGAAGACCGGGGCCGUCAGGGUAA